AUAGAAAAACGAAGGUUACCUACAUUGGCGAGGAAGGAGUACAAGGCUAAAAGGGCGGGAAGCUCAGGCAGGAAGACAUCGAUGAUCAUUGACAUUAGCAGGCAAGCUGGCAGCCGGAAGCCUCACACCCAGCAAUAGUACUGGUAACUGGUGUUGAAUGGUUGAAGAAGCACUCGAUUGUUAGACAAGGAGGAAGAGAGUGGUCGGCUGGCAUUGUGUCAUUCUCUGAAACGAUUAUCUCUUUGCCUGUUUUUUGGAUUGAUUCAACAAGGCAGAAAGGAUUGGAGAAGCACUCGGUUGUCAGACGAAGAGGAGAAGGAAGAAAGAACACAAGGAGUAUUAGAGCUGGUCGCCUGGCAACUAGGCAGUGUGUCACCAUCCCUUGAAACUCGCCGUCUUUGGGUUUUUCCGCGGAUCAUUUGAACAUGGCAGAUAGACGAAAGCGUGCUGCAAAGAAGAAUGUGGCAGAUGAGGCACAGGAGGAGGAUGAGCCUAUGGUGAAGAGGGGACGAGGUGGAGGAAGGCAGGCAGCAGGCAAGGCAGUGGCCAGAAGGAAGAAAGAAGAGCAAGUGCAAAUGAAGCAAGAGCCAGAGGAGAGGGAGGAGGAGGAGGAGGAUGUCACACCAGCAGUUACCAAGAAGACAAAAAGAGGAACACAAGUAGGAAAAGUCCGUGAACUAAACAAGGAGGUAAAGAAGGAGGAACCCACAAAUGAAGAUAAUGAAAUGGAGGAGGAGGUGACAGUAGCAGCAGCUGAGAAGGCGGAGGUGAAGAAAGGAAGGCGAGGGAGGAAGCCAGUUCACCAGACAGAGGGUGAGGAUGCAGCAGCCCAUAGCAGUGUGGCAAGGAUGAGAGGCAGAGGAGCAGCAAAGGAAGAAUCUGUACAGGAAGAAAGCAAACCAGCUGUUAAAAAGGGCAAAAGAGGAAGGAAGCCGGCUGUCAAAACAGAGGAAGAGGACACAGUUACUGAGGUAGAGGUAAAGCAGGAGGCACCAGCCACAGCCAAGAAGGGGAAGAGGGGACGCCCAAAAGCUGCUGAGGUAAAGGAGGAGGCAGACGUGAAGAGUGAAGCAGCCCAGGAGGAAGGGAAGGCUGCCAGCUCUGCCAAGGCCUCAGGUGGGAGGAAUACUAAGCCCAAGGGUGCCAAGGGGAAGAGAGGGGGUGCCAGGGGCAUCACAGUUGAAGAGAAAGAGAAUUCUGACACCAGUAACCUACCUAAGAAGUCUGGUGAAAAGACAGGUGUGGAGCGAGUGGUGGUGGUGAAGGGCCGAGCAGCAGUAGAUGCCCUGUGCCCCAUUGCCCAGCGCUGCCAUGUGUAUGAGGACGGGGACGACAUCUGGGACUGCAUGCUCAAUCAGACUAACAUCCAGUUCAACAACAACAAGUACUACCUAAUUCAGCUGCUGGAGGACGACUCGAGCAAGUCUUAUUCAGUGUGGAUGCGGUGGGGACGUGUGGGCGCCAACGGCCAGAACAGCCUGCAGGCCUGCGGUGCUGACCUUGACAAGGCCAUCAACAUAUUUAAGAAGAAGUUCAGUGACAAGACAAAGAAUGACUGGGAGCUGCGGUCCAUGUUUGAGAAGGUGCCUGGAAAGUACGACUUGCUCAAGAUGGAUUACUCGAAAGGCACAGACACUCCUGAUGCUGGUGCUGCCGUCAAGAAACCCAAAGAGAAGAUGCCUGUGGAGAGUAUGCUACAUCCUAUAGUGAAGGCAAUCAUUGAGCUGAUCUGUGAUGUGCGGGUCAUGGAGGAAGCUGUGGUGGAGAUGAAGUAUGACGCCAAGAAGGCUCCACUGGGCAAGCUGACCACAGAGCAGAUCAAGGCUGGCUAUCUGGCACUCAAGCACAUUGACACCCUCAUCCAGAGCAACAAGUGUGCCACAAAGGACUUGGUUCAGGCUUGCAAUGACUUUUACACCAGGGUUCCUCACUACUUUGGCAUGAAGGUACCUCCCCUCAUCCGCACACCAGCAGAGGUGCGAGAGAAGGUGGCACUGCUCGAGGCGCUGGGAGACAUCCAGGCUGCCCUGAGUGUGCUUGACCAACCCAUUGAUGUCACCACCCACCCAGCAGACCAGCACUACCACAGGUUGCAGUGUGACCUCACACCACUGCAGAGGGAGUCAGAGGAAUACAGGAUAAUUGAGAAAUACAUGAAGACAACCCAUGCCAAGACCCACAAGCACUACACACUGACACUGCUGGAGGUGCUGGAGUGCCAUAAGGACAGUGAGCACCAGCGCUUCAAGGACGUGGGCAACCGAAUGUUGCUGUGGCACGGCUCCCGCAUGUCCAACUGGGCCGGCAUCCUGAGCCAGGGCCUACGCAUUGCCCCACCUGAGGCGCCAGUCACUGGCUACAUGUUUGGAAAAGGCAUCUACUUUGCGGACAUGGCUAGCAAGAGUGCCAACUACUGCUGGGCCAAUGCACGCAACAAUGUGGGUUUCUUGCUGCUGUCAGAGGUGGCACUGGGCAAGAGCAACACACUCCUUCAAGCCGACUACGAGGCCAACAAGUUGCCACCAGGCUGCCACUCAGUGAAGGGCUGUGGCAGGACAGCUCCCCAACCUGAGAACUUCACCAAGCUGCCUGAUGGAACAGUGGUGCCCUUAGGACCUGGAGCAGAAGUUGCUGCCAAGACCGACAGCAACUACAGUCUUCUCUACAAUGAGUAUAUUGUGUAUGACCCAGCACAGGUACUCACAAGGUUCCUCCUGAAGGUGCAGUUCAACUUUUAGGUUGCAGUCCUCUGUGCUUGCAAGGUUCCUUCUGAAUGUGCAGACCAACUUUUAGGUUGUGGUCCUAUUUUUGUGAAGUCUAAGGUGUAGGUUAGUUUGUCUUGAGAUGACAGUGAAUGUGACAUCUUUCAACUGUUUUGCAAUUAACACUGACCCACAACACUACUGUACCACUGCUUUUGAGACAAGUUUUAAUUUUAUGUUUGUGAUAAGAACAAGAAUAAAGAUUUGUCAGUAA